AUGAUCGACGCGGCGCUCAAAACUCGAGAUCACACUCUCAGGCGCGUGGCCGGCACGAACGGCGUGUAUAAUCCGGCCUGCAUGUGGCUCGCGAUGGUAAACCCCCGCGUUCAACGAGAGUGUGCGCGCGAGAGAGAGCCGCUGAGUCUGGUGCUGCUUGCGCACUGGGUUGUCACGCUGAAGUAUGUGAAAGAUAUUUGGUGGAUUCGGGGGUGGCCGGAACGGACGGUGCGGGCUGUGUGGGGGGGAGGUGGGAAGGGAGUAUGGGGGGUUGAUGGGGUGGGUGAGGGAGAAGGUGGGGAUGGGUUGGGGUGA